AUGGCUUCAGCUCCGACCUCUGUCGCGCUGCCCGCGACGGCCAGCGCUGUAGCAGACCCAAAGUCAUGGCCUCUCUGGUGGCGUCUCUGCAUGUUGGGUUCUCUCAGCUGGUUCGUACUGAUGGGCCAAGUCAUGAGUGCUUCACUUCCACCAAUGUUGGGGCCCAUCAUGUAUGAAUUGCACGUCCGUGCCGCGCAAGCUUCCCAGCUGGCAAGCUGGGCUGUUCUAGCCCUCGGCUUUGGUAACAUAUGGGCUGUUCCCGCAGUCGCCAGCUUUGGUGCCAGAUACACGAUAAUCUUCGGGCUCGCAAUAUUUUCGGGAGGCUUCUUUUGGCAAGCUACUUCCGAAAGCUACGAUUCCCUGCUAGCAGCUCGCAUUAUUGGCGGCUUGGGAGGCGGCGUUGUCGAGUCCAUGGGCCCCAUGAUUGUCGUGAUGUUGUUUCCGCCGGAGUAUCUUGGUCGGGCUAUGAGCGUCUACACCUGGUCACUCGGCGCCGGCACCGUCUUUGGUCCCCUCUUCGCUGGCUACAUGAUUGCGGGACUCGGUAGCUGGCGUUCUCCGCAGUAUCUUUUCGGCAUCAUGUCAAUACUCAAUAUGGUCGGCACAAUCCUCAUGUUCCCCGAGCCUAUCAUGAACAUACGCGUCCGAGGGGAACCGCCCCUACUCUCUGCCCCAGACUCGAGCUGCGGAGACGAAGCCCCGGUAAUCUCUAAGAAAGGACGGGAGACAAUCAGUAUGGAGAAUCUAGGCGGCGAACGGUCUGUGCAAGAUGAGCAGCGCGAGUUUGCUGCGCCGCCAAUCCAUCCAGCGUCUUGGAUAAGCCUCUGGACGACGCGGUCCUUCUUUUUGCGUUUUACGCACCACCAUUCGGUCAGCGGCUGGCUGUCCAUGGCCAUGGCACCAUACCGCAUGCUGGCUGUGCCUGCUGUGGUGCUCACCGUCUUGCUUUUUGGUGUGUCCAUCUCCACCAACAUAGCAACCUCCAUCCUCGUUUCUUUGGUAUUCUCACAGCCCCCAAUGUUGUGGUCCACUGAUCUUGUCGGACUGUUCAACCUGUUUGUGCUCGGAGGUCUCUGCUCAGGGAUCCUCAUUGGCGGCCUGCUGUCCGACAAGAUGAUCGCCUCAUUCACUCGGCGCAUGGGGUACCACAAGCCCGAGUCGGCGUUGCCACUACUGCUACCGCUUGGCAUCGUCAUCCCGUUGUCUACUGUACUGAUCGGGUACGGAUUGGCAUAUGGAUGGCACUGGGCCGCUAUAGGCGUGCUCUGGAGUGUCGUCAAUGUGAACAUGACAUCCGGGUGUACUAUCCUGAUAUCGUAUGCGACCGACAUUUACGCGGCUAAAGCCAUAGACAUUGGCGUCGUUGUCAACGUGCUGAAGAACGCGAUCGCAGCCGGCAUCUCAUUUGCUGUAGUGGAUUGGUGGACGAAGGACGGCUGGUACAUGUUCCUUGCAGUGGCUCUUGUCAAAUUCCUCAUUUUUGUCUUGGUGGCGCCCCUAUGGAUUUGGGGCCCCAAGAUUGCUCAUGUGACGAAGUCUUGGAGGUGGCUUCAAGGACAUAUCGUAAACUGA